AUGGCUGAAGCAUUAGUCACUAUUGCUGCUGAGGGGAUAUUGAAAAAGGUGUUGUCUAUUGCUGCAGGUGAACUGGCCAUUGCCUGGGGUUACGAAGAAAAGCUGACCAGCCUUCACAACACGUUGGACCUGAUUCAUGCCAAGUUACGUGAUGCGGAGAGAAAAAAGGAAUCAGAGGUUGUUAUGGUGUGGCUGAAGCAGCUAAAAGAUGUAGUGGGUAAAGCUGAUGAUGUGUUGGAUGAGGUUGAUUACGAGAUGCUGAGGCGUCAAAUAAAGAAACAAGAUCAGAUGGCAAGAAAGGUUUGGGAUCUGGAAGAAGAAAGGGAUAGAGUUCAAAAGAGUUUGGAACUGAGCUUUGAUAAUCUCCCCAAUUCUAUCGCCAAGCAAUGUUUUGUAUAUUGUUCCAUCUUUAAGAAAGAUACGGUCAUGGAAAGGGAAGAAUUGGUCCAACUUUGGAUGGCUUUAGGGUUGGUUCAAGCGGAUGAGGAAAGAAACAAGGAGAUGGAGGAUGUGGGGAAUGAUAUUUUUCAAAUUUUGGUCAGCAAUUCGUUGUUCGAAGAUGUUGAAAGGGAUGAGUAUGGUCACAUCACUCAUUGUAGCAUGCAUGAUCUGGUGCAUGAUCUUUCAUUGUCACUUUCAAAACAUGAAAGCCUAUGUCUGGUGGAUGUGACAAAUGCUGAUAUUGCACAUAUCCCUCAGGUUAAACAUCUUGCUUUUUACCAAGAACAGAAUGAGGAAGAUGAACUCAAAGCCAAAGUUUCUACAUUCAUUGAAAGGAAUAAAAUGGCUAGAACUUUGCAUACACUGUUCUUUAAGGGUGAAGUUGAGACGAAAUUUUCAUUUCAACGAUUAAAGUGCAUACGAAUCCUAAAAUUCGAAGGUUGUAAGAUUGAGAAGUUAGACGAUUCAGUUGGAGGGUUGGUGCAUCUCAGGUAUCUUGAUUUGUCAUAG